GGCUAUGCAACCCCUCUGGAUGCUAUGAAAGGUCCCAGAGAGAGGAUCAUCUACAUUCCCUGCAUCUUAACCGGCUCUGGCACCCAAGCACCCGAUUACCUUGCUACAGUGGAUGUAGAUCCUGAAUCUCCAUCUUAUUGCAAGGUGAUCCACCGCGUGCACAUGCCUUACAUUGACGACGAACUCCACCACUCUGGGUGGAACGCCUGCAGCAGCUGUUUCGGGGAUACCACCAAGAAGCGGAACAGACUGGUACUUCCUUGUCUCGGCUCCUCUCGCAUCUAUGUGGUGGACACUGGGACUGACCAGAGGGCCCCCAGGCUACACACGGUGAUUGAACCAAGGGAAAUUUUCCAGAAAUGCGGCUUGGCUUUUGUACACACCUCUCACUGCCUGGGCAGCGGGGAAGUCAUGAUCAGCGCGAUCGGGGACCCUCGCGGCAACGGAAAAGGGGGCUUUGCCCUUCUAGAUGCAGAGACCUUUGAAGUGAAGGGGAACUGGGAGAGGCCCACGCAAGCAGCCCCCCAAGGGUACGAUUUCUGGUACCAGCCAAGGCACAACGUCAUGAUCAGCACCGAAUGGGGGGUGCCGAAGUUCUUUGUCAAUGGGUUCAACCCAGCAGACCUGGGGAAAGGGCGCUACGGCCGUCGCCUGAACGUCUGGGACUGGACCACCCGCUGCCUCGUCCAGUCGAUUGAUUUAGGGGAGGAUUCCACCCCUUUUGAGAUCCGGUUCCUGCACAAUCCCAACGCCGCGCAUGCGAUGGUGUGCUGCGCAGUUCCAAGUGCCAUCUUUCAUAUCUUCAAGACACAGGAUGGAUGUUGGACGGCACAGAAAGUGAUCCAGGUUCCAAGCAAGAAAGUGUCAGGAUGGUUAUUACCUGAAAUGCCAGCUUUUACCACCGACAUUGUCAUUUCAUUGGAUGACCGGUUCCUGUAUGCAAGCAACUUCAUACAUGGCGACAUCCGUCAGUAUGACAUCACUGACCCUUUCUCUCCCAGGCUGGUUGGCCAGGUGUUUCUGGGGGGCAGCAUCCCAAAAGGCGGGGUGGUCACCGUCCUUGAAGAUCCAGAGUUGGAUGGCCAACCUGAUCCUUUUAUGAUCCAAGGAAGGAGAGUCUACGGGGGACCCCAAAUGCUUCAGCUCAGCUUGGACGGCAAGAGACUUUACGUCAGUAAUAGUCUGUACACUCCUUGGGACAAGCAGUUUUACCCCGAAUUGGUCAGGGAAGGCUCCGUCAUGCUGCAGAUUGACGUGGACACGGAACAUGGCGGUCUGUGCUUGAAUGAGGAUUUCCUGGUGGAUUUUGGGAAGGAGCCCUGCGGUCCUGCUCGGGCUCAUGAGAUGCGCUACCCUGGGGGAGACUGCACUUCGGAUAUCUGGCUGUAG